GAAUUACCGUAAAAACGGUAGACCUGGCAAGCCUGAACAUAACCUAAACUGUCAUUAAAUGAGUUCAAAUACAAUUAUACCUGUGAAUUAUACUGAAGUUUUUAAUAAACACAUAAACAUAUUAGAAUAUAAUUUGAACAUUCCUUAAUUAUGGCAUCAGGUGAUUCAGAGAAGAGAAAGGCCAACAAUCAAAUGCAGGACCAAAAGGAGAAAAAACGAAAGGAAUCGAUCCUGGAUCUUUCCAAAUAUUUGGAGAAAACGAUCAGGGUUAAGUUCGCUGGAGGCAGAGAAGCUAGUGGGAUAUUAAAGGGCUACGACCCUCUCUUGAACCUCGUACUAGACAAUACAAUCGAAUACCUGAGAGACCCAGACGAUCCGUACAAACUAGCGGAGGAUACAAGGGAACUAGGCCUUGUUGUGUGCAGAGGAACUAGUGUAGUUUUAAUUUGUCCCAUGGAUGGCAUGGAAUCGAUUCCCAACCCGUUCAUUUCACAAGACUAAUAAUAACUAUAUCUGUAAGUAAAUAUAAA